UGUUAGUGAUUAACUUAAAAUGGACUACUGUAAUCUUAUUUCUGACAGUGACCCAGUGUAGUUGAACACAAAUGCAAAGUACAACCAUAAUAUUCAACAUUUGUGAAUAGUGACAAUCAAAGUGGAGCAUUCUUUAUCAGGCAGGACUUUUCUGGAUACAGCUCUUGUACUGGAUGCCAUUAUCCAUAAUUGUACCAAACGAAGUAGGGGGAGUGGGUGUCUAAUGCUCUUGACUUGAGCAUGCAUUGUCCUCUGAGGGAGACUGAAACGGGGCAGGGUAAAAAAAAGAAAAAAAAGCAAGUAGGCUGUGACCAGAGCAGCCUAUAAAAGUGCUUCCAUGCCGGUGUUGUCACAGCUCCAUGUGCGCAGUCACACACAAGACAAUUACGCACGCAACAUGUCCGUUUUAGCUGAUUCAGUUGUCAUUUCAUGAAGCUUCGUUUGUAGAGAUAGUUACGCACUUCUUCACUGGAUGAGAUGCGCGUCUGUCGUUAACCCGUCUUGUACUUUGUGACAUAUCCCUCCUGUAACUUCCCUCCUUUUUUCCCCGAGUUGAAUUCCUGGAUUGUGAGCGGCGUGUGGCUCAUUGAAAUGGGACCUUGCCAACGGAAGAGUGUGUCGGCGCUUUGCAGGAAAAGUUUGCUUUGGACCGGGCUGGUCCUUUGCCUGAGCACUGUCGCUGACGGGACCUGGAAGACUGGACUUUACAAAACAGCAUCACACACCUCCAUUUAUCAGAAAAAAAACUGGUGUCCUCACACAGUUACCAAGACAGUGAGCUGCCAGGUGCAGAAUGGGACGGUGGUGCAGCGGGUCUACCAGACGUGCCGCUGGCCACAGGGAUGUACAGGAGGCAGCUACAGGACAGUUGUGAGACCUUCUUAUAAAACUGUGUAUCGUACUGUGACCUCACUGGAGUGGAAGUGCUGUGCAGGAUUCAGCGGGACCGCCUGUGAAGAAGAUGCAGGGAAGCAGCAGGUGGCUCAGGAGGCAAUAAGAAAACCGUCCACAUUGCGUCGCCCUCCUGCACGCACAGGAGAGCCCCUUUCGAACUGUCUUAACUGCAGUCAAAUUACAGCAAUGAAUGACAGGCUGAGUUCACUGGAAGCUAAGGUUCAAGGACUCGCUGCUUUGCCGUCCAUAACACAACGCUACCCUCUGUCCAAAGGAGGAGUUGCACCAGAGGCUGCCUUAUUGAUGGGAAUCGCUCCUGCUCAGGGCGCUCCCGGUGAGCAGGGACCUGCUGGUCCUCAGGGUGAAAAGGGGAGCGAUGGUAUUCCAGGCAGAGAUGGGAAACCGGGAUCUCGAGGGUUGCCAGGUCCCAGUGGGCCUCGGGGUGAGGCAGGGGUAAGGGGCCCAAGCGGAGCUCCUGGAUCAAAGGGAACCCCAGGACCUGCAGGCCCACGUGGUCCACCAGGACUCCCAGGAGAGAGAGGUCUACCAGGUCCCCCAGGCCCACCUGCUCCUGCGAGUGCCCGCAUUCCAGAACCAGACAAUCGAGGAAAAGACCUAUUCUUCACUAACACCUUCCAUGAUUCAAGACCAGGACCCCAGGGACCCCCUGGGCCAAAAGGUCCCCCUGGCCCAAAAGGCCCAGUAGGACCUCCUGGCCCACCAGGACAGAACGGUAAACCUGGUACUCCCGGAACACCAGGUACCGUGGGGCCGAAGGGAGAGCGUGGAGAGAGAGGGCCUUCAGGUUACCAAGGAGAGAGGGGCUUCAGAGGAGAGCCGGGAACACCAGGUCCCAAAGGAGAGCCUGGAGAGAAAGGCUUACCGAGCAAUCUAAAUGUAAGAUACUUUCAUUUAUGUUAUCAUCAGUUCAAGACAUGCGUAGUGAAAUUCUAUGUAUUCUUGUCCUCUCGUGUCUUUUCACCUACCAUGUGUUUUUUUGUACAUGUAAUUUCAGCUGCUCAACUGUAAUGACUUUGUGUAUGAAAGCCUUCCGUCUUAAUGUGUUUUUGUGUUGUUGGUCCUUGGGGUGUGCUCUAGACUGCUGCCCCCCACCCGUCACGGCACUGUCCUCUUGACCCUGAAGCUGUCUGACUCCCUCUGCAAGCUAUGGCUACCUUUUAAGUCACUUUGGCAGCGUCUGAUUUUGGCAUAUAUGUCACAAUAGCAUCAGGAUCAAACCUGUGUACAGCAACACAAAGGCUGGAGAGGAGAAGGCUGAACCAUUGAAAUGGCUAAAUUUAUCCUCUCUCCAGAUGAAAUGAUGCCAGUGAAAGAAUAUACAUAAGAUGCAUAUGCCAAAUGACUCCAUUUAUGUGUCAGUGGUGGGUUCUUUUGGGUUUAGAGGUGUUGUACUCUGAUGUGAGUGGAGUGGAUACAGCUACCUUCUCUUUUAUCCCAUCUUGCAACAUUGCAUGACAUCAUAGUUUUGCCCGAAAAUUCUGGUUGUCAACAUUAACCAGUACAUAACGGUGUUGCUUAUUUGUCCAAUAUUUAUGCAGUUUUUGUUCCUAGAACAAAUAUUUGCAUUCUUUAUUGGCUAACACAAUUAAAUGUUGCCUUUUUUCUGCAAACCGUAAACAUUGCUGAUGUUUUUGUGUUACUAAUCAGCAGCCUCGCCUCUGCAUGUCUUCUUUUUGUGAUGGUGAAUUGUUGUCUUUUAAGUUUUAAAGCAACGACUAACAAUGAUAUUGUCGUACCUUUAACUCCCCUACAAUUGGCAAACAUUUAGGUAUAUGUACUCAUUGGACACUUUAUUAGGUAUCGGUUCACAUUCUUAGACGAUCCCAUGUAUGAGAUCAGAACGGCUGGCAAAAAUAACGCGUUGAUAGCGGUAUGACAAUUUUUUAAUUAAUUACGUAAAAAAAACUUAUUUCAAUUAACACAUGCACCAUGGUAAUUCACACUGCUCUGUUAUGACAGCAAACAAAAGCACAGUGGAGCAUCACCAACACCAUAUAUGGCCAUGAAUAUUCUCAUGAAUGAGAAUCUCACUCAUCCAGGUUAAUGUAUUCUCAAGGCAUUGAAUCGAUCGCAACUGUACUAUUCAGGUUUUCUUAGAAGUCGUUUCGCCUUCCAUGCUCUGAGAACACUUAAUGAAUGUAGCUCCAAUUUGAUUUGCAAACAUGUCUCUCCUCACUGUGUGCAUGUGUGAUGUAAAUAAACAAGACAAAAAAAAUAUAUUCGUAUCACCGCUUAAUUGAGGUAAAAUUUGCUGCAUUUAAUUAUGCUUGGAAAUCCCAGAAAAUACAUAGACAUAGACUUCCUUUAUUGUAAUAAUACAGCAGUGAAAUUGCCAACAAAAUGUCAUUGCCCGGCUCCCGUAUAAUAAUAAAUAAUAAUGUGGAGAAUAAAUAGAUUACAUCAAAUAUGAACAACAAUGUACAGCGUAAACAGUAAUUUGUACUAAUAAUUUAGUAAAUAAUUUAGAAUAAAUAACAAUAAUUUAAAGUUAAUAAUUUAUAGUUGCAAAUUGUAAUUAAUUUGAAAACUUGGAUUAAUCUUCGUAAAAAGUGUAAAAAUGUAUUUGAAAACUUGGAUUAAUCUUAGUAAAAUGUGUAAAAAUUUAGUAAAAUUUGUAAAUUUCGUAAAAAACAAAACAAAAUUAUUUGACAACGCUAGUAACCCUGAUAAAAUGUCUUAUUGUGGUUGUAGUUUACAUAUUUCUUUCUAAAAAUUUGUGGCACCCUGUUAAACUGCAGCUCAAAUGAAAUGUCCAUCUGUCCAUCUUUAUUAGCCUCUUUAGAGCUGGAGCCUAUCCCAGCUGAAUUUGUGCGGAGGUAUGACGAAACCUUAGACGAAUCAACAGUCAAACGCAGCCAAAUGAAAUGUAGAAACUUUACAACAAUACUGAAUUUUUUUUUGUAAAUGUACCUAAAAAAGUGUCUAUUGAGUGUACAUUGCCCUCUCUCUGUCAGGAGGUGAUUUUAUGUCCAUAAUUGUGGUGCAGAAAAUCUUAUCCUGGCAGACUUGCAGACAAAAAACAAGAAUAUUAAUAGCACGAUAAUGUAUGAAUCCAGUUGUGUCAUGUUGUUGUGUGAUGUGCAUGCUGCUGUUGUCCAGCCAUAGCAUGGCAGAGACUGACGUCAUACUGUGUAGCAGCAUGGCCAAAGAAUGAGGGAGAGCCAGAGAAACAUAAGAGGUCAGACAAUGUGUGCUGGGCAAAUGUGUGGACUGUUUUAACCUUCUAACUGCUGGAACUGUAUUGAAAGAAAAAAACAAAAAAAAUGACCUGCAUCUUGGCGAGCAGUUCUUCAGCUUGCGCUCCUUACCUUGACGGCUGUAUCUAUCUUCACAGGGGGACGGAAUACAUCAGAUCAGAGAGGCGCUGAAGAUCUUAGCUGAGAGGGUUUUAAUCCUCGAGACUAUGAUCGGUAUUCAUGGUGAGUAGGAGGCCUGAGGCAGGGUCAGUUUAAGGCAGGGGUGAAGCAAGGGGGCUCAAACUCCUACUGCACCUCCACCUACUGGGACGGGGAGUGGGAACAGUCACGAGCAGCGCCCCAGGACUCAGGCUGGUGUUUCUACACACCCCCCCUCACACGGUGCCCCCCCUGUCACUGCUCUCUGAUAGGAAUUUAGCUUGCAGAUGUUCCGCGACUUGCAGGCUGAUCUUGAGCUUCUGGCUCGUAGGGUGACGCUGCUGGAGGCUAUCAUCUGGCCAGGUAACACUGAGACAUCCCCACCCACCGCCUGCUGGCCCUUAGAUCGCCACUUUGA